AUGUUGAAUUCCUACGUGACCCCUCUGCUUCUCUCCGCUGCCGGCAUAAUUUGCUCCUCUCUAGCCAUAGCAGUGUACCACUGCAUCCUCUUGAGGCACUUCGUUAGGCACCACGCAGCGCAACACAGUGAUGACAGCACAGACACAAGCCACGCCGAGAACAACGUAGGGGUCCAAGAGGAAAUCCUCAACAAAAUCCCGCUUUUCUCAUUCACAACAGAAAAGAGCGAUUGCAUUUAUCAUUUGAAACAAAACGAAUGCUCCAUUUGCCUUGGACAAUGGGAGGAUAGAGAUGUCGUAAGGUUGUUACCAUCUUGUAAACAUGCUUUUCAUAGACAUUGCAUCGAUGCAUGGUUCAUCGACCAUGCCAAUUGCCCCGUUUGCCGCUCACCAAUCACUCGUGAUUUCGAGUUAGCAUCGUUGCCACUAGCUUCAGAAAAUAAUAACGUGGAAAACGAACAAAGGGAAUUGCAUGUGCAUGAUCAGGAUAUUAAUAUUCCACGUGAUCAUCAUUAUCAUCCAUUGGUUAAUGAUGAUGUGAGUGGUUCAGGUUCCACUUCCACCCCAAGAUUUCAACGACCAUGCCGUGCGUUGCUUCACGCGCACUCUCUAUCAUCUCACAUGCGGAGAAAGCCGCGAGGUUUGAUCAUGGGUUUGAAAAGGUCCUUGUCUUUGGAUCAAACGUCGUCGUAUAUUGCAAUUACUGUACAAAGAGAUCUCGGAGAGGCUUCCACCUCUUCUUCUACGAAAGGGGUCAUGACGAGUUUGUGUAACUAUAGAUCAAGAUGGGAUUUAAUGAGAUCCUUCUCGCAGUUUCGGAACAGUAGUGAAAGUGGGAGAUACAAUGGGAUUCUUCCCACUUGAUGAGAUUUGCUUUAAAUAUGGUUAUACACUUUACUUACCAUGAAUCAUGACUGGCCUGAUUAGUGGACAUUUCUUCUCUUCGAACAAAUAAGUUCAAGCACAUAAUUCUCGUAAAUAAUACAGAUUAAAUAUAAAUAUAGCCUUUCGUCGUGUUGAUCUCAAAUAAUAUACUUAUAUCUUCGUUGAAAGUUCUAAUGAAGGACCACCACAAUUAUGGAGUAUUUUCUGACGCAUCGAUCUUUUUGGUGAUCAGAAUUUCUGACACACAUAUUGCACCGGUUAUUGCUUUCUUACUCAUCAUAUCAA